UCGCGAGUCUGUUUCUCCUUGCCGCCGUGGUAAUGGCCGAGCCGCCCCUUCAGGCCCAGCAGCGCUCCCAGGGACAGCGUUAUUUCUUCGCCCGGCAGGAGCAGCAGACGUCGACCGCGGCACCGGCGCCCUAUCCAGCCAGUGGCUGGAAGCCCGACGGCCCGGCUUUCAAUCUGCCCCAGCCCCAGCAGCGCCAGCACCAGACGAGCACCGCUUACGGCCUGCCACGAGGCGAACCCGAGGCCAGCGGCAAUCAGUAUGUACCGCCUCAGGCGAAGAGCUCGUUGCUGCCCCAGAGACAGCAGGCCCAGAGCUUCGCGAGUCAGCGUUUGAACGGAUUCGAGAGGCAGACGCAGGCACGUGCCCCGAGGCCUCAGGAACACUACAACGCACCUCAGGCCCAGUACGGCGCCCCGGAGUACUCCACCACGGAAUUCCCCGACUCGACCGAGUUCGACGAAGCCACUACCGUCGUUGGACUUCCCGACUCCGAGCCGGAGUCGCUCGACUCCGGGAACGAGUUCGAUGACAUCGAGGCCAACGGCCAGGCCCGUUGGGCCCAGCAGCCUCAGGAGCGCGGCCAGUACUUCGUGGCGCUUCCGGACGGACGACUCCAGCGCGUUCGCUACGUGAGCCGCCAGGACCUCGAAGCCAUGCGCUACUUCGCCAAGAUCCGGGCGGAGAACGUGGAGCCGCUUCGCGGACCCAUCUACGCUUACGCACCACUGCAGAAACUCGAGGUGACGCCCGGUAGUCUACAAUCGGUGCCCGUAUCCGGACUCAGCGUCACGGCCGUCGAUGCCAAGCCCCAGAAGCUCGUUGCCCCUAAAGUCGACAUCAAACCGCUGGCGCAGCUACAGUACCAGCACGAUAAUCAGGCCCGCCCGACGUCCCCCACGAACGCCGGCUACGCGACCUACACUAGCGACUACCAGGUGCCGACCAACUUCGAGGAAAGAUACAUACUCGCCUUCCCUUGAGUGUCGAGGCAACGUGUGUUGCUGUCCGGGGCUUUGCCGAUCACCGCCGUCUCAGCCCGCAAAGUAUUAUUACAUGGGACAGCGUGGGACGUUGAGAGAAGAGAAGAGA